GAGUAGGAGGAAGAGGAGGGGGAGGAGAAGGGGGAGAAGAAGAAGGUGGAAUAGUAGAAUUAAUUUUUGUAAUCAAGAAUGACGCAACAAAGUGGUGCUGGGUCUCCCCAGCAGUUCUGCCUAAGGUGGAACAAUUAUCAGACUAAUUUGACGAACGUGUUCGAUCAGCUGUUACAGAGCGAAAGUUUUGUCGACGUGACGCUCGCUUGCGACGGACACAGCGUGAAAGCGCACAAAAUGGUACUGUCUGCGUGUAGUCCUUAUUUUCAAGCCCUAUUCUUUGAAAAUCCGUGCCAGCAUCCUAUCGUUAUAAUGAAGGAUAUCAAGUGGCCCGAGUUAAAGGCCGCCGUUGAAUUCAUGUACAAAGGAGAGAUCAACGUGUCGCAGGAACAAAUCGGGCCGUUGUUAAAGGUAGCCGAAAAUUUAAAAAUACGCGGCUUGGCGGAUGUUAACAGUGAACAAGAAUUAACGUCGAGGCCGAGUUUGGUCGAGGAAGCGACGAGCGCUGCUGCCCUUCAUAGGAAAAAACGACGUCGAAUAUCCGGGGAAAGAUCGCCACCGACCGGUAACAGUCCCGAUCACACGGGUUCGGCCGGUAGCACCACGGGUGGAACGGGUAGCAUGAUCGACGAUCAAGAGCCGACCGGUCCAGCCGGCAUGGUCAUUCCUGAAGUUCAUGCUCUCAUACCGAACAGCUCGACCCCGCGUUCUCUCGGCUCGCCAAGCACGCCGAGUGUUUCGGUGACACCGCAGAUCAACCUUCAAGAAUUACCGGUCUCCUUGCCUCUACCACCACCCCCACCGCCGCCACCGCAGGGACAGCAAGUCUCGCACCCCAUGCCCGCUCACCACGUGCCCGGCCACGUGACUUCUGGACCGCAUCCCUCCGUCAACCACCUAACCCAUAGUCAACAACUAGCCGUUCAACAGCAACAACAACAGCAACAUUUGCAGCAGGUAGUACAGUCCAAUCAACCCGGCGACGACCUCGAGAUCAAGCCUGGCAUCGCUGAGAUGAUUCGCGAGGAGGAAAGGGCCAAGUUGUUGGAAUCCUCCCACGCUUGGCUCGGCAGUGGUGCCUCCACCUCCAGUUUAGCAGCAGACAGUUACCAGUAUCAACUGCAGUCGAUGUGGCAAAAAUGUUGGAACACCAAUCAGAGCUUGGUCCACAAUCUACGCUUCCGUGAACGUGGCCCAUUGAAAUCCUGGAGACCGGAAACGAUGGCGGAAGCGAUCUUCAGUGUUCUCAAGGAAGGAUUAUCAUUGAGUCAAGCAGCGAGAAAAUACGACAUCCCUUAUCCGACAUUUGUACUGUACGCGAACAGAGUUCACAACAUGUUGGGUCCUAGUGCCGAUGGAGGAGCCGAUUUGCGGCCAAAGGGCAGAGGACGACCCCAAAGGAUUUUACUCGGCGUUUGGCCGGACGAACACAUUCGUGGUGUAAUACGUGCAGUUGUCUUUAGAGACGGUCAUUCCCCUCAUAUUGUUAAGGAAGAACCAGCUACGAUGUAUCCGACUUUGGCGAAUUAUGCAGCUUGCAAUGGACCGGAAGGUGCAGUCAGUCCUGGGGCUGCUGCCGCUGCGGCGGUGGCUGCUGUUGCUCAAGGUCUAAGGCAUCAAAUGUGUAGCAUGGUAGCAGCAGCCCACUCGCAGCACGAUAUGAUGGCGACGAACCUAUCGACGAGUUUAUCGACGAGUCUUUCGUCGAAUUUGCAAGCGGCGAUGCAGGCGAGUCAACAUCACAACAACAACAACGCGAGUAUUCUCGGUAACAACGGAGGUGGAAUGAUGGGUUGCGGAGGUGGUAACAAUUCCGGCAACUCACCUUUGAAUUUAGGCCUGGCGAGUCCAGGUUCAGGUGGUCCACCGGAAAGUCCAAUGGAAAGUCCAUUAGCGAGUCCAUUGGGUCCAUUGAUGGAUCCUGGGCAUAUACCGGGAAGCGUAGAAGUUGGUAUCGGUGUAAGUGGUAUGACGUAUAAACCAGCACGAAGCUUUGUCAGUCCCAGACCGGAGACUCUUUUUCAAGAGGACAUUGCCGACCUUGUUAAAAGUCCCCACAGUCUCAAGGACAAGGACAAGAUACCUGUCAAGUUGGAACCCCUAACUGACUCUCGUUGCGAAUAGUAUGCGACGAUUUACGACUCUUUGAGAAAGAGCGAAUGAGCAAAGCAUCUAAGAAACGAGUGUAAAAGAAA